UAAUACAAUAUACACAAAGCACACUUUUUAUUCCUUUCUUGUUUUUUAUCAUGGUAUCAGAGCUUGGAAAAUCUCCAAAGCUUAAUCUGAAAGUAGCUUUGGAAAUUGAACCAAGGUUAACCAUCCAAUCUUUUCAUCAAUGUUCCAGUUUGAUAUCUUUAAAACUUGAUUUUUCAAAUUAUCUACUAUGGAGAUAUGCUUCCCUUGGUUUGAAGUUUGGGAAUUCUACAUCACAUUACUAAUGCUGAAUGUCCAUUAGAAGAACUUCAGAUAGAAACUAGUGGAGGCAGUGGAAGCAGUAAAGUUUGUAAUCCAAAUUAUCAACUAUGGAUCAACAAUGAUGGCCUGUUUAUAACUUGGUUGCUCGGGACAAUGACAGUAGAUGUACUUAGCUUCACCUUCGGCCUGGAGACAGCUUUCAGUGUUUGGCAUGCCAUUGAAGAGCAACUGCUGCCAGCUACGAAGGAGAAGGAAAUCUACUUAACUAAUCGUUUGAUGGGUUUGAAGAAAGGAUCUGCAACCUUAGAUAAGUAUCUCAAAAACUUUAACUCUAUUUGUGAUAAUUUAUCUGCAAUUGGAAAACCAGUGAAUGACUUGGAUAAAUGCUUUCAUUUAUCUAGAGGAUUAGGCCAUACUUAUCAAGAUUUUAGGUUGUCUAUGUUGUCAAAGCCCCCAUAUCCGACAUACAUGCAGUUUGUUCUCUCUUUAAGGUCUCAUGAACAGGUUCUAAGUAAUUUUUCAGGAGAAAAACAGGGCCUGAAUCAAGAAUAUGCAUUUGUUGGCCAACGAAGUCAUGGAACAGGAAGAGGACCUGGUGGUAGAUUCAGUUCCCAUGGACGUGGUUUUGGACCCACAAGCUUCUCUAUGCCAAAUCAUGGAGGUUUCAGUCCUACAAACUUUUCUAUCCAUAAUCGUGGAGGAAGUCAUUUUUCAACACAAGGCCGUGGCAGCUAUUUUUCCCGUAAUAUAGCUCCUGCACCAGUUUCUAAUAGCACUCAGACCUUGAAAUCCUCUCAAAAAGAAGCAAAGAAGCAGUCAUAUGUCAAAUAUGUGGUAGACCCUAUCAUACUGCUUCCAAUUGUUAGAACAUAUAUGAUCCUAUAGAUGAACCCGGUGAACACCACGAAGCUAAUGUUGCCCAUAAAGUUCAAGAAGAACCCACAUUCUUUGCAGAUUCUGGAGCUACAUCCCACAUGACUAAUGACCCAGGACCUCAACAAUCAAAUAAUAGCCAAGGGGCAUAGACAAGGUGGACUGUAUGCUUUGAAUGAUGACAGCUACAAUCAAGCGUUGGCAGCAAUAAAAGGUGGAGGUGGUUCAUCUGAAAUAUGGCAUCUCAGAUUGGGUCAUCCAAACACUCGGUUCUUACAAACCUUAGAUAAAAAUAAAAAUAUUUCUGUUUCAAGUUGGAUAAUAAAUUCUUCUGUGUGUGAAAGUUGUCAAUUAGGGAAGCAAUGUAAACUUCCUUUUGGUACUUCCAAUAUUCUUUCUACUGCUCCUUUGAAUAAGAUACAUUGUAACCUAUGGGG